AUGGCUGGCCUGAGCAUUCCGGUCCAGUACCAGGACCAACUAGAACUCGUGACUGUCAGAGACCAGAGAAGCGAUGAAGAAAUACUCCAAACCCUUACCCAGUAUGUCCCCGUGACAUCGGAAAAGAACAUUUGGGCCUUUUGGCACUCUGGAGUCACCAACAUGCCAGCGUGGUGCCAGCGCAACGUCGUCGACUGGAUACGCAUCUGCGACCCCAGCUGGACUGUCCGCAUACUGGACAAUGUGGCCGACUCGCCCAACUAUGCACUCAAGCACCUCUCGGCCGACCUCCUGCCCGAGGCCUUUGUCAACAAGGAGAUGGACGGCCCCUAUGUUGGCCCCCACAGUGCCGACUUUCUGCGCGGUGCCUGUCUGCUGCAAUACGGAGGCGUCUUUCUUGACGUGGGCUGCAUUCUACUGCGAGACAUGGACCGGAUCGUGUGGGAUACGCUCGAGGAUCCAAACUCGCCUUAUCAGAUUGCAGUGCCUCUCAUGUACGGCCAUACCAUUGCAAAUCACUUUGUUGCCGCACGAAAAGGCGACCCAUUCAUCAAGCGCUGGCACGAACUAUUCACCCACAUCUGGAAAGGUCACAAGAACCACGAGGGUCUGAUUGAGAAUCCCCUCGUGUCGUUUGGCGCUCAGCAUAGCUUUGACGAGUCUCGUGCCAGCAACUUCAACUGGGACAUGGUCGUGUCUCCCAAGACGGUCAUGGAGUACAUUACCCAAGUCGUCGCCUGGCAGCGCCUCUGCAUGCUCGAGGACGCCGGGGACGGUUUCUCUUGCACUGACUACUGGAGCACCAAUGUAUUUUGCUUUGACGUCCUCAAGGAGGAUUGGGCCGCCGAGGAUGAGAUUGGCUUUGAUGGACAGGAGCUGUAUGACCUCUUGACCCUGAAGCGAGAUCCCAAUGACACCUCGGAGCAGCAAAAGAAAGCCGAGAAGUUGGUGUGGAGGCUCCUUUGCCAGGCGUCGAUGGAGAAAAUCACGCAUGGAAAGGGUUUGGUCAGAGGCAAGUCUCUGGGAAGAUUGCUGGACGAGGAGGGAAACAUCGGCAAAGACAGAGAGCCUGGUACGUUUGCAGAGUUGCUUAGGUACGGAUCCGUCCAUUUCAGACAGAAGAGGGCCACCAUUGUGCAAAUGAAGGCUCAGAAACCGUCUCAAACACUGAAGAAGGGUGUGUUGGAGCCUUGA